AUGAAAUUCUCAACCCUCUUCCUCGUAACCCUCACCACCGUCGCAACCGCAACCCCCAUCAUCUCCCUCGAACUAGAAGAACGACAAAUCAUGACCGACAACCCAACAGAUAUCUGUGACGCAUGCAUCAUUUUAGUCAAUCUCUACAUCAAGGUGAACCUCUGCAGCCCCAGAGAAGUACAGAAGCAAGAAGGUGCUUGUUGGGAUAAAUCAGUGUGCAAGGCUGUUAAGAAGAGUUUGCUGUGUAAAGGCGCUUGUGGGUUUCCGUGUCAAGAGCUUUCCCAUCAAGUCCCCAUCGUCAUCAUAAUCAUGCAUCGUUUCGCAUCUUUGACAGCCCUCUUCUUCCUCAUCUUCACGACAAUCGUCGUCGCACACCCACUCGCCGCAACACCUCCUCUCGGCCAGCCAAUUCCAAAUCCCCCGUCUUUCCCACCCAUAUACUACAAAGAAACGGUCGUGCCCGUCCCUAGACAUGAGGCGCACAUGUGCAAAUACAGAGUGAAGUACUGCUAA